AUUAGCAUUACUAAAAAACGGCGGGCUAUUAAAUAAAUAAUUCCAUAAGCAAUUAUUAGAAUACGUCACCUAAUGUCGGAGAUAAUAGGAAUCAGACUCAAUAAACUCUUAUGAGAAAAUUUAGUAUAGUAUUUCAGCGCCAUCUAAAAGAGGACCCUUGAGAAAUUAGAACUAAAUAACCAAAUUUUCAAUAUGGUGUCUGCUAGCAUCUGUCACAUGAGUGAAAUAAAAAAUUAAAAAAUAAAUCAAGCUUCCACGCACCGAAAUUGCAGAAAAUGGUCAAAGCUUGUUGCGUUCCUGACUGCAAGUCAGGAGUCAAUGUGCCAUCGCAUAAAUUUUCAAAAAAUAUAGAAAGAUGUUCUCAAUGGGUAGAAAGUUUAAAAUUGCAUGAGUUGAAGAAUUACUGUCUUCAAGAUUUGCACAAAUAUAGAGUGUGUCAUGAGCAUUUCUCGGAAAAAGAUUAUAGCUGUUCGCUAUAUAAACGUACCUUGUUAAAAACAGCAAUACCUAUUAUCAAAAAUCCUAUUAAUAUAAUAGACAAUAAUUUGCAGCAUGUACAAUCACAACAUAAACAAUUGCAAGAAAACGAAAAUAUAGAACAGCAUAAUCAAGCACCGCAACUUUCAGCAAUACCUAUUAUCGAAAAUUGUAUUGAUACAAUAGACAAUAAUUUGCAGAAUGUACAAUCACAACAAGAAAAUGAAAAUGUUACAGAACAGCAUAAUCAAACUCCGCAACUUGCACAUCCUGAAAAUGCGUGUUCCAGUCGAAUUACACAUAUCGAAAAAAAAAAUGAAACAGUAUGAUAUUUUAUUUAUGCAGCAUCAGGAUUUGUUUAUGCAAAUCAAUAUAAAUCAACUUGAAAUGCAAAAUGAAAUAUUUGAAGAAAUUACAUCUACAAAGAAAAUCGGACAAUGAAGCUGUAAUUUAUGAUGACAAUAACACAUUACUAAAAGAUAAAGAUAAAGACCCAGCUUCAAUUUUGAAGAAAAGGGUACAAAGAAGACCAAAUUUGCAUAAUAUUACACAUGUUGCUAAUCUUAGUCCCAGAGCUAAAUCCUUGUAUAAGGGUUAAAUUAAGACGUAGAAACAGAUAUCUAAAGCGUCUUGUAAAAGAAUAUAGAGAAAGGAAUAAUACAAGAUCAAUUUCUUUGGAUAGUACAAAUUUAACAUCGGCGAUAUGAGAAAAAUUCAUUAACAUGAUUUUGAGAAACAAUGAUGUACUUUCUCAGGUAUUUAAUAUUAAUUGUCCAAAUACCGUUCCUACAUCUAAAUAAUGCUCCUACUCUUCCAAAUAUUUACAUACUUUUCAGUAAAAUUAACGUUUAUACACACGCACGCACGCACGCACAUACAAUUAUAAUAAUUUACUUU